CCUUCCAAUCGAUCCCUUCAUCCAUCAAUCGAGUUUGCUGCCCCAAUCGCGCUCAUCAGCGUUUCUUUCCUGCAAGUUAUGUAGCAAUUGAUUUGCCUCUGAGGCAGCCAGCGAGCGAGUUCGAGAGAGAGCGCGAGUUCGAGUGAGAGAAAACGAACACGAGCCAUUUGCCAUCCCUCACGUACCUCGCACGAUCGCUCCCUUUGCACAGUGGGGCUGGGGUCGGUCGUCGUUGCACUGUUUCUAGUGGACUUUGCUGGUCGUGUGUCAUGUGACAGGCGGCUGCGCCACAUGCAGAAGAGUAAUUCUAUUAUUUCUGUGGAAUUCCAGUAAAGCUUACAGUGGACCAGCUGCAGAGUCAGGUAGGCAGGUAGACAGACAGACAGAUAAGGAGAUACAGGAAAAAAAAAAUGAAGGGUGAGAGUGUGUGUGUCUGGGGGUGUAUUUGGGGUGUGGGCCCUGAGUUAGAGCUCGGUUGCACGUGAGUUAUUAUGAAUUGAUUCGGUCAACUGGACAGAAUUUUAUGCAGCGUUCCUGCAAAUUUGGUCGCAGCAAUUGCCGUCGAUGACAAGGAGAAGAAGCCGAAAUAUUGAUGGAAGUGGGUUUUUGGUUCAAAUCCGCUUUUUCUGUUUGUUGCUUCCUUCCCGCCGGCGAUUUGUGUUGAAUUGCCUCGACCCGCGGGUGUGACAUGUUCUGUGUUAUGUAUUUCCGUUUUGAGGCCCAAUUGUUGAUGGCGGGUACAAAUUUUUAGCCGCAAGAGUCGACACUUGGCUACUUAAAGUGGUCGGGACGAGAAAAAAAAAUGUAGUUUGGGUCUGACAGCCUCCCGAAGUUUGUCUUCCAGAUAGGUUUCACUUUUCGCGCUUGUCGGAAAUACCAAGGUGUAUUCCAGUCUUCCAAAUUCGUAGUAGCAACACCAUCGCUGCUUAGUUUCUCAAGUGUUCCCCUUCUUCUAGAGCUUCUCCAAGCCAAAAGAAAAACAAAAAAAAUAAAUAAAUAAUAAUAAUUCUCCAUUGCCCGAGUACUUGUGAACACUAAAAAAAAUGAUCGUCAAGGUUUUUGUGCAUUAGUUCCCUUGGUACUUUUUUUCUGCGUGACCGCUGACAUCAAACUGCUGGAGCACCAAAUCACCUCAUGGCAGAAACGACUCUACUUGUCAAGCUUUACGUACGAGCUUUUUGAAGAUUCAAAUGCGCAGAUCGCCAAUGUUGAUGCUUCAAGUUUGAUACUCAGUCUGUAAGAGAGUAGCAAUCAGGUAGCAGCACACCUAUGCAUCUUUAAGCAAUAAAAAAAUGUUGCUUGUGUCAACAACAGCACUGACUUAGCUGAGUCACUGGUUGUCGCUUAGCUUAGCGCAGUGAUCGAAGCUUCGCUUUGCUGGGCUUCAUUAGAAAGGGCGUUCGAGUGCUUGUGCGCUUUGGAGUUCUUCUCUUCGGUCCUCUCACCUAAAUAGUAGUCAAGUCCUGGGCAAGAUAGUGUGCGUGUAGGGCGCUUGACCCUGCGGAGACGUGGAAUAAGAUUUGUAGGAGGUCUGUCCAAUUUAAGCUCCUGUCCUCCUCGAGAACUUUUCUGUUUUUAGUAUUGCAAGUGAGGUUGCUCAAAGCUUUUGUGUCCAUCUGGACACGUUCCAUGAAUUUCCGCAGCCUCCCUUUCCCUCUUUUGAAGUGGCCUGCCAAACUCACUUCUCUCCCAAGCUCUCCUUUCUCAUGCAAGUAUUAAGUUACCGAAUGCCGUAAUCGGCAGUGAACUUCCAGAAGAGAGUCGUUACCUUAGUGGCGUCAUCUUUCUGCCAUUCAUACUGCGAAAAAUCUCAACAGAUUGAAUGCGAGAUCUCAUCGUGUCGUUUUGUUGCUUCAUUCAGAAAUUCCUUCGUCGAAACCCCACAGUCUGCUUCGUAUGAGAAGCUCCAAAUUUAGACGAUUCUCUUCACCAACAGACCCAUACCACCCAGGGCCUUCAAGAAAAUAUUUUGAGUCAAGUUUGCACUCGUUGCUCGACAUUAUGUGGCCAGUUCUUAUUAAAAUAGACGUCUCUAGUUUUUGAAGGGGACUGGGUCAAGCUACAGGUUUUUACACAUUAUAGGUGAACAUUUAUCCAUCCUUGGUUACGGUUACAUGUCAAAGUCUGCAGCGCCUGAGUUUCCAAGAAUUCUCUUCCUUCUCAGUGCGCCUUUUGCCCCUGUGAGCACCUAGAGCGUGGUUGCACGAACUGUUACUACUGUUUCAACGUCCAGCCAACCUGGUCAGCGUCCUUUUUUAUUUGGGGGGUGGGGGCGAGGGGGAUGCCUCAGUGUAGACACCAGCAAGCGUCGCUUCCUUGCUGAGGCUAAUGCGAGACGAAGAGAGGCAGAGACCUCACAUGGAGUCAAAAUCAUAUUAUUAAUAACGACAGUUGCUUCCAUUUUUGUGAGUCAUCUUGUCUGAUGUUUCUCAAGGUUUGUCGGAGUUCGGCGGCGGAUGAAGAUGCUCACAGAGGGAGUGACAAGAGAACCAUGCUAAGCUUACGGAAUCCUUUCCAAAUCCAAACUCGGAAGGAUCCAAAGGCUCUGAAUGGCGGCCCUCCAUUGCACAAUAAGUCCUCAUCACGUGCCAAGGUCACUAACAAUUCUUCGAAAAGGGGUACAUCACACAGUGGAAGGAUUGGUGCACGGAAAGAAUUUCUUAAGGUGACCACUCAGGGGCUUGGAACCCAAGAAUCUUACAGUAAUUUAGAGAACCUUCCUUCGCUCGAAGUUUCCUACAAGAGUUUCAAGCAGAUGUAUCCUAGGUUUUCUGAAACUGUUGCGGUGGAUCGGCUCCGGGAGCGCGAAUAUGGACAUUUGGCUGAGAGGGAGCAUGCGUGCUUUGAUUACAGUGGAUUUGGCCUUUUCUCGCAUUGGCAGCAGGUGUUUCAAAGAGAGAGUUCUUUAUUUAACCUGGCUUACAUCUCUGCCAGUCUUCCAACUCACGCACUUUACGGGACAGCACAAGGCACAGUGGAAGCUUACAUGAAAAAAAGAAUCAUGAAUUAUAUGAAUUUGAGUGAUUCGGAUUACAGCAUGGUUUUCACAGCAAGCCGGGUAACGGCAUACAAGUUGCUGGCCGAGUCCUACCCCUUUCACGUGAAUAACAGAUUGUUGACAGUCUAUGAUUACGAGAGUGACGCUGUUAGUUCCAUGGUUGAGACAGCUAAGGAAAAUCGGGCUAAGACCUUGAACGCAUCAUUCAAGUGGCCAAACCUAAAAGUAGCUGCUGCUGAUUUGAAAUAUAAGCUACAGGACAAGAAAAAGAAGAAGGAUCAAACUGCUAAGGGACUUUUUGUUUUUCCCGUUCAGUCUAGGGUCACAGGGGCAAAGUAUUCGUACCAAUGGAUGUCUCAUGCACAAGCUAACAAGUGGCAUGUUUUAUUGGAUGCCUCUGCGUUAGCUCCCAAGGAUAUGGAUUCGCUUGCCCUUUCUUUAUUUCGCCCCGAAUUUGUAGUCACGUCAUUUUAUAAGGUUUUUGGGGCUGAUCCAACAGGCUUUGGAUGUUUAUUCAUACAUAAUUCUAUUAUUCAAGGUCUACAUAAUUCAGAUAGUGCACGGAGUGUGGGAAUGGUUCGAAUACUUCCGUCAGCAAUGUCGAAUGUACAACUGGCGGGAGGUGAGGAACAACUAGAAGAUCCGGAGCGGUUGCCUGACAUUCAUGAGAUGGAUGCGGAGGAGUAUUUGGAUGCAGCUGAUUAUGUAGAACCUGUGAGUGCUUUUUCUGGUCCAAUGAGCCAAUUUUAUGUAGACAGCGUAAGAGAGGCCAUUUUUGACAGGAUCACAGCUUCUGGUAGAGAAAUGAACAUUGCAGGAUUUGAUGAUGCUUCUGGGCGAACUUCUCAUCCCUCCGAGAAUGAAGAUGAGUGGGAUGAUCGGUUGCAUGGAGAAAGCUACCGUGGAACAGGGAGUGCGAGAAAUGACGAGGAUUUUGGCCAUCGAGAUGUUUUUUGUGGAAGAGAAUCUGGAAGCCGUGAGAUAGAGGAGGAACCCUCGGAGCCCAUCUUCCCACUGACUCGAAGAUGGCACAAAUCUGAAGGACAUGUUGCAGCUCCUAUUAAAGGACGUGAUGCAAACUCCUCACAGGAAACGGAAGAGUUCUCUUUUGAUGUCGCUAGAGAUUCAAAUACAGAAACUAUGUAUGAUGGUGACAGGGUUUUGAGGAUACAUGAUGAUGCUCUGCCCUCCGAGGAAGAUAAUAGUCGCUUCCUGAGUAAGAUCCAGGAGGAAGAAUCUGAUGAAUAUGACGUCUCUCCUCCACACCCAGAAGUUUCACUAGGAGCCCUUGAUAACCAGACUGGUGGAAAUGGGUCACAUACAACUGGCAGUCCUGUUUUCCAUAGUCCGUCUGAGUCUACCAAUGAGUUUGAUAACAGAGCCGACCCAGGCUUACAGGAGUCUGAUCAUAAACCGGAAACAAACAUGAAUGAGAAAAAAAUUGGAGCAAUGUCAGAAACUGACAAACUAGAGACGAGCAUAAUGUUCAGGGAUAACCAUGAUUACGCAUUAAGAGAGGGAAGAGAUGUAGAUAGUUUCUACGGAGAAGAGAGAAUGCCAGCUGCCGAUCUAGAAGAGUCCAAUGGAUCAAGCCAUUUUCUAGGUUCUAGUGGUGCAAAUGGGCGGCGCUUGGAAUCGUGGAGCCCUGGCGAGAACUUGCAGGGUAGUAGCCUGUGGGAAGCUCAAUAUGCAAUGUCAGAGGAUGGAUCCCCCACGUACCUCGAUGAUGACCUUAGAAUCAUGGAGUCGAGCAACGCUGACAUGCUUGACGAAGGACCUAUGGUGUGCAGCGGUUUAGACCAUGCCGAUUCACAGGGCCUUAACAGAACCAAUCUUAGACUAAGAUUCUUAAUAAAUUGGCUAAUCAACGCCCUUCUUAGACUACGACACCCGACGCAGGAGACGAACCUGGUGCACAUUUACGGACCGCAAGUGCGCUUCGACCGAGGUCAAGCGUUGGCAUUCAAUCUAUUGGACUUGAAUGGCAUAGCCAUCAGAGCAGAGCUUGUGCAGAGAUUGGCUGAUAAAAACAACAUCUCGUUGGGUCUCGGCACACUUUGCAACAUUGUCUAUCCCGAAGGCUCGACAGAUCAUGCUUUUGUUGGCCUGAUUCAGGGUUCACGGUUGAAAAAACGUGCUGAGGGUGGAGGCAACGAGGCAGGAGGUAAAGUGGACCCUACUCCUCCUCCUCCUCCUCAUGCUUCAAACGCCACCAAGCACGACCGCCCUUUGGAGAUUCCAGUUGUGACUGCAGCUCUAGGCUUUGUGUCCACAUUUGAGGAUGUUUAUAGGUUAUGGGCUUUUGUGGCCAAAUUUUUGGAUGCCGGUUUUGUUAAGCGAGAGGAGUGGCAACAGCAUUCACUUAACCAAGAGAUUCAAGCUCUUUAGGAGCUUUAUAUUGAAUGCUCAGAAGCAGCAGAAGCAGAUGAAUUACUAUUAAUUUCUUUGUGACAGUUGUCUUGAUUAUGAGUCAUCUCUUUGAAAGGUGCUUUCUUUGAGUGUCUUCACAUGGUGAUCCUAGUUUAUAGAUUGAAGUGGGUGUCAUGGUAUUCCAUACAUGAUGUUUCAGGCUAAGUUGAAUCUUCACCCUCAGUGUAACCACCAUUGCAAUUAAGCUUGAAUGGCAAGUUUGUGACUCAUGGUUUUAAA